AUGACUGUGUUCUUCAGAGUGUUGGGAUCGUUCCCGCAGGGCGGGGCCCUUGUCGGCCUCGCACACCUGGAAGACCGGAUGGUUCCGAUUUUCCGUCCAGCCACCGAGCCAAAGAAACGCAUCGGGGUCCUGGGCUUCGGCACCUUCGGUCAGUUCAUCGGAAAAAAGCUAGCGCUGGACCACUUCGUGUUUGCAGCCAGCCGGGAGAAUUACUCCGCAAUUGCAGCAAACUGUGGUGUGACCUGGUGUGAUUCAAUAGACCAACUCCUGGAUCAGCAGCUCGACGUGCUCAUUAUUUCUGUGAGCAUUCUGAGCUUUGAGGGCAUGGUCCGGCGGAUAUGUAACUGCAUUGCCUCCAAAGACGCUGCUCAUGGGUCUCGGAAGAUGCUGGUGGUAGACGUGCUCUCUGUGAAGGUGCAUGCAAAGACAACCCUGGCGGCCCUUCUGCCAGAAACCUGCGACAUUUUGUGCACGCAUCCGAUGUUCGGUCCACAAAGUGGCAAGCACGGCUGGAGCGGAUUGCCCUUCGUUUUCGAGCGGGUGAGGCUCAACAAUGCCAGGAGGUGUGAGGAGUUCCUCAAGUGGUGGACAAGUCAAGGAUGCCGGAUGGUGGAUAUGACGUGCGAGCUGCAUGACGAAGUGGCCGCCGGCAGCCAAUUCGUCACGCAUUUCACUGGCAGGGUGCUGGAACGCCUAGCCUUGAGCAGCGGGCCCAUCAAUACGAAGGGUUUCGAGUCGUUACUUCAGCUGGUGGAGAACACAUCCAGAGACAGCUUUGACCUCUUCUACGCGCUCUUCAAGUUCAACCCGAACUCAUCCCAACAGCUGAAUUCGAUGGAGCAGGCCGUGCAGGAUGUCUCUGAGCAGCUUCGAAAAUGUAAAGGAUGA